AUGACGACGACUGAAUCGAUGGCCAACAACAACAAUAAGCCGCCGGCAGAUCCAGAAAUUAAAGAAUUACAAAACAUUGAUCAGAUAUAUUUGGAUGCCCUGGCCAUCGGUGGUCAAGUAAUUAUCGAUAACAUCGGCAAAUUCAGAAUUGAAACAUCCGAUGACAAUCAACUGACCGCCGCCGCCGUUGUCCUCCCCGUACGUAAAUCAUUGCGUAACAAACAACUAUUGGUGGCAAAAACAACUGUGCCGCCGACCACCAAUCAAAGAGACCGGACGUUUGAAUGUGACGAUUGCCGAAAAAAAUAUAGAAAUUUAAAAAAUUUAAAUAGUCAUCGAUGUUCGGCAACCAAACUAAUGCCGUCUAAAUUCAGACAAAUACAACCGCCAGAGUCGACAUUAUUACCACCGAUGCCGGCGAAGCGACCUCUGAAGCCGACGACGACGACGACAACCAAAAAGCGGCCAAAAUCAGUGAUUAGCGAUACAAACAAUGUCGACGACAGUCCCGAACGGGAAUCACAACCCGAUGUUGUGAAUAUUAGCGCCGCCGCCGCCAACGAUACGAUUGCCGUCAAUGUCCUAAGCGAUGACGACAACAACAACGACAACACCGACGCCGGCAAUUCAGUGAAGCCGGCUAUUAAUGAGCGAUCGGCCGAUAAGAAUCGCCAGAAGCGAUUUAGAUGUGAUUACGAUGGCUGCCAAUUAAGUUAUGUUAAGUCGUGUAGCCUUUUGCGCCAUAAGCGCGACAAACAACACCACCGCCAGCAACAACAACAACAACUCACGACCAUAUAUGGCCAGAUACCCGCUGCAGCAGCCGCCGCCACUGAUAAUCAGUGGCCGCAGUAUCGGUCACUACUCGAUAAGUAUACCGAUGAUGACGAUGACGAUGACGAUUAUGACCUGCCGGAGAGGCCAUACAAAUGUGAUUACGACGGAUGCUUAUUAAGUUAUGUUAAGUCGUAUAGCCUUUUGCGCCAUAAGCGCGACAAACAACACUACCGCCAGCAACAACUAACGACCACACCCUCUGGCCAGACACCCGCAGCAGCAGCAGCCGCCACCACAACAACAACUGCAAUAGUAGACGGCAGAGAUGUUAGUGCAAACAGUUCGGUUGUUGGCCAUCAACUCACGACCACACCCUCUGGCCAGACACCCGCAGCCGCUACCAUCACUACCACUGCAGUAGUAGACGGCAGCGAUGUUACCGCAAACGAUGUUAUGUUAGAUUACAAAAAACACGACGACGACUGA